CAAAACACAAUAAUUUCCGGGUGCAAGGAAACGGAGCCAGAGCUUCCGCCUUCCUAGGAACCGCCAGCUUCUAGUUGUUAAAUACCUCCUUCCAAGGCCCCUCUCUAUGACUAUUUCUGAAAUCCCUCUCUCUCUCUCUCUCUAAGCAACUCAACCCUCCAUUGCCACUCGCUCAAACGAAGCUCAAUCCUCCUCGCCUCAGGUCUAUUUCCCUCAUCGCCCCCAUUGCUGCAAGCUAAGAGUUUAGAGAAAGCCACAGUUUUUUUUUUAUUAAGCUCAAACAAGUUUAACCCCAAGUCUACAGAGGUAUUUUUUAUUUGAUUUUUGGUUUCUUUUUUCUUUCCUGGUUAUGCUCAAAGAAGAAAACCCCCAUAUCCACAGAGUUUAUUUAUUUAUUAGUUAUAUUAUAUUUUUUCUGGUUAAGCUCAACCGAAGAAAUGGUUCAUUGCUGGUUUUCUUUUUUCUCUUUUGCUGGUUAUAUUUUUUUUUUUAUCUUUUUUGUAGCUGGUUUUAUGUUACGGCUGGUUAUACGAAUUUAUUUUUUUAUGGCUAUUUAUACCACCCAUAAAUUUGAUCACCACGUACUUGGCUGAGCUGCUGGACAAGGCAUUCCCAAUCGUGUGCAAUAUCUAGGUUUCUAUCACCUCUCUUCCUUUCUAAACAUCUGUUUGUUCCAAUUUUAGUUCGAGUCGAUUGCUUGUUUCUCAGGUUCAUGUCUUCGUAUUUUCAAUAUUAUUGCAUACAUCAGCUCUCUAUUACAUACUUGUUAUUCAAUCUUUAAAUUUUCACGCUAAUCAGAGCAGUUUUCUAGCUGGUUUUGGUGCUGAUUGACGAAAGAUGAAUCAAUUCAACGCACAAAAUAUUUAAUAGACUUCUAUAAAAUAUACUCAUGUCAGAUUAUGUACUCCGUCCAUUUAUUCCUUGUUCUUUUUAGUAAUCGGUUUCUCUUGGGAAUUAGAGCUUAUGCUUCUUAUUUUACCAUUACAUGAUUUGGGCUUGUGUUUUCUCUUUGUUUUAAUAUCGAAAUGAUUACCAUUGGGACUAUGAUUGUCUCAUCUUUCCAAUAUGGAAUGAAUCCGCAUCAAGGUUCUUAGUUUGCUAUGCUAUUUAUGUUUAUGAUUUUCCAAUGGGUGGUUUCACCAAGGCUUGAUUGGAGCUUGACUUAGAUGAUCAGUCCUCUUUAUCUACUAUUUAUAGUGCAAAUGUGGGCUACAUGACGAAAUUACAGUGCAAAUGUGGUGUUUAUAGUGUAUUUACAUAUGUGGGUGUGCAGUAAGUUUGUUUUUGACAAAUAAAUUUUUUUUUUAGAGAAAUAACAUUUGGUUUUUAUAUAUUCCAUCAAUCUAACAAAGCAUUAGAAGAAGUUGGUGUUGCUCUUGAUUUGAUGGCUUAAUCCUGGAAGUAUUACGCUGAUGCAGUAAGUCAGCAGCAGGGAGAUUCCCAGGGAAACUGUAAAAAAAGUUAUCAAAUACACUCUCUCUGUCUCUCAGUUUCUUGGAAAAUCCAGGUUUGGCUCAACGAUAAUGGAUUCAAAAGCAAGCUCUUCUAAGAAUCAUGCAUCUACUACAAUAUCUGAGAAGCCAGUGAUUGUUAGGGUUAAGAGGAAGGCAAACCAGGCUCCUGUUGAUGCUCUUUGGUUGGAGAUUAAUGAUAGGCCACUGAAGCGGGCGACUUUGGAUAUUUCUGCUCUGUCCAUUUCUGAUUCAAUUGGCAAAGAAGAGGUGAAGGCCACAAGAAUUUUGGUCCAGCGUGUGGAAACUAUAAGCAGCUCUGAGGCCAUACAAGAUAUUUUACUAUCAGUUGUGCCAAAUGUCAAUGAUGCAAAGACCACUGGGGCAAAAACUCACAGACCCAAGUUGGAGGAGAGGAGACUUGAGUUCAAACAGGAUAAGAAGCAAGAACAGUUGCGCUCAUCAGCAAGACAAAAGCAGGAGGAUCUGGCUAAAAGUGCUCGUUUUGAACAAAUAUGGAAGAGCCGCAAGGGAAACGAAGAAGCACAUCAUGAUAGUUUUGUGCGUGAAUUUUGUCAUCUCUAUGAUGUUGUCCGUGUCGACGAAGACGAGCGAUCUUCAGAUAGGGCAUCAAGGCAAAACAAAAAAGACAGAGGUGCUGCUUUAGAUGAAGGAACAAUCCUAUGUAAUUACCUCCCUAUGCUAAGGGAGUGGGUUCCUGAUGCUGCUGAUGAGAUUGAAGCUGAAUUGAAUGCUUCUCAUAAGCAAGAUGAAUAUGUAUAUGAUGUAUAUGCUGUGGAUGAUAACCGAAGUCCUUUGGACUCAGAUGCCUCAUGUUGGUUUCCCAGUGUGCAAAUUGAGGAGGAGCUAUUUGGUGAUGAGCCUGCUGAUUCCGGUGAGGAAACUGAUGAUUCAAAUGCUGAAAAUAACCCUCGGAAUGACUACCCUGACGAAUCAUCUGAAGACGAGGAUCUUCAGAGCAAAAGCUCCUCCUACCUAUCUGAGGAACCGAACAGCGAUGAUGAUCGUGAUGGUGACUACUACUAUGGUAAUGAUGAUGGUGAUGAUGAUGAUGGAUUAGACCAUGAUGCUAGGGGAACAUGGAUGUAUAGACGAUGACAUGGCUUUGUAUGAUACAACAGGAAUAUUGGAGGAACUCAUGGCUUGGAAUGAAUGAUGUUUAUGAGUAAUCAUUUCUCCUCAAGCUGUUCGUUUUCGUGGCAAGAUGUAGACUCGCUGUUGGGGGCAUGAUAGUCAUUUUUGAAACCCAUGCCAGCGGUUGACUCACAGUCAUGCGUUGUGACUUGUUAGAUAGGAUGCUCUUGAUCUUGUAUAUGAUAUUGCUUACAUUAGACCAUACUAAUAUUAUGUUUUUUUUACCCCCCUGCUAUGGUCUAAUCUAGUGUUGUUUGAGUC